AUGUCCGACACCUGUAUUGUCUGUUUAGGAGACCUUGGCGAAAGCGCCAGCAGCGAUCCUCGUACUAUCACCCCAGAACCCGUGCCAAGACCUGAUCUCGAAGGGAAGGACAAUUCCAACGAUGUGAUCAAGGCGGACAAUGUUGGCGAUGGUAUUGAGGAUCCUGGUCUGAUCGCCCAGUUGCUCCCUUGCGGGCAUAUCCUGCACAACAACUGUUUGAAGCCGUGGGUUGAACGUGCCAACAGUUGUCCGAUAUGUCGUCGCAGCUUCAAUGUCGUGCAGUUGAGUGACCGUCCUGGAGGUUCCGUGCAAUCCUCCUACGCGGUCGAGGACCGAGUCCAAGUCCCCGAAAUCGAUCCCUCGAUGAUUGUCGAUUAUGUCGACGACGACGUUGCAGACUUCCAGCCUUGUCCGGUCUGUGGAGACUCUGAUAAUGAGGAGCUGUUGCUUCUCUGCGAUUGCUGCGAUGUCCCUUCCCACACCUACUGUGUCGGGCUCGAUGCCGUACCGUCGACCCCGUGGUUCUGCAAUCAGUGUGAAGAACAGGGCACUGUCGGUGUUUUUGCUGAUUCGUCAGUAAUAUCGCCACGAGGACAGGACAGUCGAGGUCGUCGCACGAGGGCACAACUCCGGAGACUGCAGACCAGGAACCACAUGAACUCCCUUCACUGGGCCCGCGUGUGGCAGUCCGUCUGGGAUCAUCUCAACUUGGACCUCGAUUUCCCGUUUGAUGAUGACAGAGCUGCACAGCGUGCUCUACAACAACAGCGAAGGGAGGAGGCCAACCAACGAGAGUUUCGAGCAUGGCAGCGUCGGUUCGAGGUUGCAGAACAUCAAGGUGGUAGCCACCGGUUUAGAGACACUGCUGCUCUUCUCGAUAUCGAUGCUCCCCGGCCUUCUCGACCCCGCGCGCCCCGAGAGCCUACACCUGAACCCGAGUCUUUGGAGGAGAUGAGGGCGUGGAAUGCUUUCGAACGCGCCCGCGAGAUUGAAAACGAUCCAAGUGCGGCGAGGAAGCGAAAAGAGCCUACGCUGUCUCCUUCACCUGAACCCACUGAACCCGAACGGAAACUCAAACGUCCACGCACCCGUAGACCACAAGAGUUGGCCGCCUUGGCGUCGCAAAAUGGCGAGUCUUCGAGAGCUGCCGGUGCGCAAGCAUCUGCCCGAAUCAACGCCGAGUCUUCAAACGAACCCAGUUUCCUACAAUCACUUCUGAAGGAGGUUGAUGAAGCCUCCACUCCAGGCGGUAGUACUAUCUCUUAUGGACCGUUUGGUCAGGUCACAAACGUCGAUCAUGCCACAUCCGGACCAUCAUCACCAUCCCUUUCACCUGCCCCCUCCAACCAGUCAUCCCCUUGUUUAUCCACCACCAGCCCACCGCCAUAUACCCGGAGCCGGCCCAUAUCGCCGCUCCAACUCUCAUCCCCCGCUGACCCUUCAUCUCCACCAUUCUCGCCGGAUGUCUCCCCAUCCACUUCCAGAAACAAUGAUCUACCCGAGCCGACUCCGUCUCGCACAGAUGCUGGCCGAUCCCGGUCGCGGAUACCACGAGCAGCGCAGGAAUUACUGAAAGCACGAUCGCUAAGCAAUUCCCCAACUCGGUCCGGCCCAUCCAUGGGUGUGAAGUCGGACAUCCAGAGGCUUGUGGGAAAGGCACUGAAACCAUACUAUCGCCGGGACUACGUUUCGAAGGAUGAAUAUACGGACAUCAAUCGAUCUAUCUCGCGAAUGUUGUACGAACGAGCGGGUGAUUCAGAAGCCCUCGAAGACGACGCGAAAGCGGACCUUGCAACCGUUGCGAAAGAAGAAGUGCAAAAAGCGAUUUCCUCCUUGAGGAAGCAGAAGCAGAAGGACGAAUCUAGUGCGGAUGGUAGUUCAUGA